AUGGGGAAUUGCCACACCGUUGGACCAAAUGAGGCCCUGGUGGUUUCAGGUGGCUGCUGUGGCUCAGAUCAAAAAACCUAUGUGGUGGGAGGCUGGGCCUGGGCCUGGUGGCUCAUCUCCGACAUCCAGAGGAUAACGCUUGAGAUUAUGACCCUGCAGCCCAAGUGUGAGGAUGUAGAGACAGCGGAGGGUGUAGCUAUUACUGUCACUGGGGUGGCUCAGGUGAAGGUGAUGACGGACAAUGAUCUACUGGGAUACGCCUGUGAACAGUUUCUUGGCAAAUCUGUCAUGGAGAUCAAGAGCGUCAUCCUGCAGACGCUGGAAGGGCACCUCCGUGCUAUACUCGGUACCUUAACUGUUGAGCAGAUUUACCAAGACCGUGACAAGUUUGCUUCUCUGGUCCGAGAGGUUGCGGCGCCUGAUGUUUGCCGGAUGGGCAUUGAGAUCCUCAGUUUUACCAUCAAGGAUGUUUAUGAUAAAGUGGAGUAUUUGAGUUCACUCGGGAAAACUCAGACGGCAGCUGUGCAGAGAGAUGCUGACAUUGGGGUGGCAGAGGCGGAGAGAGACGCUGGUAUCCGGGAAGCUGAAUGCAAAAAGGAAAUGAUGGAUAUUAAGUUUCAGGCUGACACAAAAAUGGCUGAUUCCAAACGAGAACUGGAAAUGCAAAAGGCUUCCUUCAAUCAAGAAGUUAACACUAAGAAAGCAGAGGCUCAGCUGGCAUAUGAGCUGCAGGCGGCCAAAGAGCAGCAGAAGAUUCGUCUGGAGGAGAUUGAGAUCGAGGUGGUGCAAAGGAAGAAGCAGAUCACCAUUGAGGAGAAGGAAAUCGACCGCACAGAGAAGGAGCUGAUAGCCACUGUGAAGAGACCAGCGGAGGCAGAGGCCUACAAGAUGCAGCAGAUUGCUGAGGGACAGAAGAUCAAGAAAGUGCUGACUGCUCAGGCUGAAGCUGAGAAGAUCCGCUGCAUCGGUGAGGCUGAAGCCAACUCCAUCGAGGUUGUGGGUAAGGCAGAGGCCGAGAAGAUGAGGCUGAAGGCAGAGGCGUAUCAGCAGUACGGAGACGCUGCCAAGACUGCCCUGGUGCUGGAGGCACUGCCCAAGAUUGCUGGUAAGGUUGCUGCACCACUGGCCAAGACUAAUGAGAUCAUCAUCCUGAGCGGAGAGAGCAACCGAGUGACUGGAGAAGUGACCCGCCUCUUAGCUGAACUCCCCGUGUCUGUGAAUGCACUCACUGGUAUAGACCUGACCAAGAUGCCGCUGCUGCAGAAGAUGACUGGUGCGGCUGCAGUUUGA